AUGCGCUUCCAGCCUGCUGUGCUGCAUGCCCGCUGCUACUCUCACGGGUCGCAAGAAUCAGAUGAAGAAUUUGAUGCUCGCUGGGUGACGUAUUUCAACAAGCCAGAUAUCGAUGCCUGGGAGCUCAGGAAAGGCAUAAACACGCUUGUGGGUUAUGACCUGGUUCCGGAACCAAAAAUCAUCGACGCGGCUCUGAGGGCGUGCCGACGGUUAAAUGACUUUGCCAGUGCUGUCCGCAUCUUGGAAGUCGUAAAGGACAAGGCCGGACCUCACAAGGAAAUCUAUCCUUACGUUAUCCAGGAACUUAGACCAACUUUGAGUGAACUGGGAAUCUCCACUCCGGAGGAACUGGGCCUGGACAAAGCAUAAACCUUAUUGGU